CAGCGAGGCGGCCGCGCCGGUAGCGACGCCGGGGAACCCGCGCCCGCCUGCGCCUCCGAGGCGCGCCCGGCAGCGGCAGCGGGAGCGGCCCCGCGGCGCCGCGCAAGGCAGAGGCGAGAGCCGCGCGCCGGAGACCCGAGCUGGCCCCCGCCGAGGGCCGGGCAGCGGCCGCAGCGCGGGGCGCGGCGGGAGGGAGCCGCAGAGCGAGCCCGGGCCGGCGGAGGGCGCGGGCGCGAGCGCCGUGAGCUGCGGCGGCGAGGCGGCUGGCAGCAGACAAAAGCCCUAGGAGACGCGAUGCCCGGCGGGCGCGGGAGCCGCGGCGUCUGAGCGCGCCGAGCGGGGCGCCCCGGGUAGCCAGGCCCGCCGGUCCCCGCGGCGGAGGGCGGCAGGCGCGGCCCAGGUGCGCCCUGCCGCGUCGGGCCCGUGACUGCUCGGGGGGCGGCGCCGCGGCGGGAGCCAUGGGCAACAUCUCCUCCAACAUCUCGGCCUUCCAGUCCCUGCACAUCGUCAUGCUGGGCUUGGACUCGGCCGGCAAGACCACGGUGCUCUACCGGCUCAAGUUCAACGAAUUCGUGAACACGGUGCCCACCAUCGGCUUCAACACGGAGAAGAUCAAGCUGAGCAACGGCACGGCCAAGGGCAUCAGCUGCCACUUCUGGGACGUGGGAGGCCAGGAGAAGCUGCGGCCGCUGUGGAAGUCCUACAGCCGCUGCACGGACGGCAUCAUCUACGUGGUGGACUCGGUGGACGUGGACCGGCUGGAGGAGGCCAAGACCGAGCUGCACAAGGUGACCAAGUUCGCCGAGAACCAGGGCACGCCGCUGCUGGUCAUCGCCAACAAGCAGGACCUGCCCAAGUCGCUGCCGGUGGCCGAGAUCGAGAAGCAGCUGGCGCUGCACGAGCUCAUCCCGGCCACCACCUACCACGUCCAGCCGGCGUGCGCCAUCAUCGGCGAGGGCCUCACCGAGGGCAUGGACAAGCUCUAUGAGAUGAUCCUGAAACGCAGGAAGUCCCUCAAGCAGAAGAAGAAGCGGUAAUGCGCCCGGCUGCGUUCGGGAGCGAGGAGUGGCGAGCGUGCGCGCGUCAAGAAUGAAUGAAUGGACGGAUGCAUGGAAGAGCGAGAACCCGCGCCCGCGAACAAAGACAGCGAACCAAAGCGAUUCUUCGAAUUUUUAAAUCGGAAUCUCUGCACCCAAAUGUAGGACUGGUGACUUAACCGGGGUGUGUAGGCUGACUUGCUAGCCUGCCCUCGACCCACCCCCACCCCCAGCUCAGAGGACCUUUUGUCUGAACGCCGGAGCUGCUAAUGGGGCGGGGGCCGCGCAGGGAGUGAAGGUGCGGGUCCUGCGGUCCGCCCUCCCGGCCCAGGUAGGAGGCUCAGAUGUCAGAGACAAAAGCGAGUUCUUCCUACUCCAGCGGGGCCAGAAGUUCGGGCUGCCCCGCCCUCACGGGAGGAUCGCACCUGUGAGUUGCCUGAGGUACGCAGUUCCCAGCACCCUGGGAGUAUGUUGGCGGUGGGAGGUCUGGGGGGACGGCCACUCCUUGCGCUUCACACGCUGUGGAAGCUGGAUGAUUUUAUGUCACAGGGCAGGCCCCUGUUCAGAUUUCAUUUGUCCUGCUCUGGGCCCAGGUGACUUGGUGGUUUGGGCCAUCAGAAGACUGCCUGGAACAAUCCAGCAGCCUGAGGGCAUGGGCGCUGCCCUGGCCUUGACUGGGGAUGGCCCCGAAGAUGCCCUUUCCCUGGUGCUUUGUGCUGGCUGCAGAAGACCAGUUUUGCUGAGAACUGCUUUUCGGCCUGGACUCAGACAAUCUUCCAGAUGGUUUGAACUCUGUCCAUGUGUAGGUCAUUAUUACAAAGAGACCAAUAAAAAUUGAAACAAAAAACUGUUA